CAAGAAUUAAUCAGUGUGCACACUGCUUAAUAAUUGAAAUUUCAUAGCAUCUCUGUCGUCAAAAAAGCCGCCGACUGUAAAACACAUUGAAAGCUGUAAUAUAUGUUAUUUUGCUUUUACAUGCUAAAGUAGUGUUGAAUUACGAAAAUGGAUAAUCAAGGAGAGCCGGCAGUAUUUGGUAUAAAAGAUGUUUUAAGUACGCGCUUUGGUAAUACCCUUACUGGAACAUUUGUUUCUGGAAACAAGAUAGCGUUGAGCGCAUAUCGCCCAAUAACAUGUACAACAGUGGAUAAACCGACCGAAUAUAAUGGAAAAGACCCCGUACAAAUACAUUUACUUCAACCAACUUUUAUUUUUGAAGAUCCAAUUUUACGUAGUUUAAUUGCUGAAGGAUGUGCUACUUUUGUUGCUUUACAAAGGCUUAAACGUGCAGGUUCAAAGUCAGAUUAUAUUAAAAUUUCUAGGACAUAUCGAAGUAUAAUUAGAGCGUGCCUUGAGAAAUUGCAAGACGCCGCCCUUAUAGAUGAAGAAGAAAAAUACCAACGAUACAUUUCUACAUUCUACCCUAUAGAAUGCAUUUGGCACUUAUGUGAAAUUUUAUAUUUGGAUGUAAAUUCAAAUAACUUGAUAUCACCACAAUUAUUGGAUUGGAUAAGGUUUCACUUUCCAACUGGUGAACGUUUAGCAACCGAUUUAUUACUGUUGGGACGUGAAGCUAGUGACAAUAAAAACUACUGGCCAACUUUAAAAAGUCUUAUUACACAGGGGCAAAUAGAGGUAGCACGAGCUCUUUUACAUUUGCACCCGUUAAUAGAUUCACCCACAUAUCAGUUAGCGGAUCAAAUUCUUAGAGCGAUACCGAACUGUAAUAUACACUCUGGAUUUUCUGUACAAAAAUUUCGUGCUCAAUGGCAAUACUGGUUAACUGAUACGGAACAAAAAUUAUCUUCCAAUAUUCUGGCUGGUGAACCAAAACUGGAAGAAAUUAUACAAUUGAUAACUUGCAACACAGAUGUUUGGAAUGCUGAAAUUAAAAAUGCCGAGUACUGGUAUGAACUUUUUCCUGGUUUUCUCUUUUAUUCAAAUCCUACUUGUAAAUUGUUUGAACUUGGUAAUAUUGCGAAUAAUUGGCUUGAUCGGUUUGCACAACAAAAGCAUAUUAACAGUAGAUCCCUGCUUCUUAAUCAGUUAGACCAAAUAAUCUUAAGUCUUAUGGAAAAUAAUUUACAUGAAGUUAUACAUGAAACUCAGCUAUUAGCUGAUAAUCAAUGGUUCAUAACGCAUUUAUGUGACUUAUUAUAUAACAGCGGAAAUUUGGAAAAUAUGGGUAAUCAACGCAUAAGUGAAUGCGUAAAGCUGCGACACUCAUUAGUAUAUGAAUUCGGAACGUGCUUAAUGACAAGAAACUCUUUAUGGCAACUAGGAAUUGAUUAUUUAGAUUACUGUUCCCAUGAAGGCAAAGUUGCUCAGGAAUUAUUAUUAACCAAAGUUGUAAUCAAAUCUGAAAAACAAGCCUUGAAGGUUAUAGGAAUUGCACGAAAGUUGGGAUUUAUUGAUGCUGAACAACAAAUAUGUAAAAUUGAAGCUAAGAAGUCAUUUAGUAUCAAGCGUUAUGGUAAUGCAUUAGAGUGGGCAAUUCGAUCUAAAGAUAACAUUUUUGUCACUUCUAUUGCCGAUUUCAUUUUAAAAAAUUAUGGCGAAACAGGUGAUAUGGUAUGUCCUGAUAUUGUAGCUAAUAUUGGACCUAAGAUGUUUAUAUCGCCACGUCUUGUGUUCCUAGUUAAAUAUUUUGAUUUCUAUCAAUUUUAUCGUAAACGUAAUUUUUUACCUGCAGCUGAACUUUUGGUAAACCUAUUAGAUUCGAAAAUAACUCCAGAAUACUUUUGGCCGUCUUUGUUGAUCGAUACUAUACCAUUAUUAGAAUCUAAAGACCCUAAAAUAUUAUCCAAGGAAACUUGCGCGAUUUUAUAUCACUUAGAGUCGGAAUUGGUGCCACUUAUCGAAAAAAAGAAAAAACGUCUUGAAAAAUUUCCAAAUGAGCCUGUGAACGUUUUAAAAGAUUAUCGACUUGAAAAUAUUGAAGAGAUCAUCAAUUUAUUACGUUUAGCAUGUGCGCGCAACUUAUCUCGCGCAGUUAUUAUAGAAAAUUCAAUUAUGGGUUAGGUUAUAUAUGUAUAAUAUAUAGGUAAUAUAAU